UCAGAGGCUCACACGGACUCGGACAGAGCAAGAAAAGAGGACUUUGCUGUUUAAGGUAAAACUUCCAUUUCCUACAGAGUCGAGAGCCUCGCUUUUUAUUCCUUCCUCCUUCCUCAUUAGACCCAUCUCGGCUCUCGAGCACACACACCCUGUCUCUGUCUCUGUCUCUGUCUCUGUGUCUCUCUCUCUGCUUCUGACGCCAAUCCAAAGAAAGAAGAAAAGUGAACCGGAAGAUCGAGUUCCAAUGGCCUUAGAGACGGUGGUGUUUCAGCAAGACCCGUUCAGCUGUUACGGCGGGGCUUGGACUCAUCAUGCCGGGUCCGGCUGCUUCGAAGACGACGAGGCGGCCCUGAACUUGAACGCCGCCGAGGCUGAAGCCGAGAUGAACGUCGAAGGAGACGGCUGGGACGUCAUCGACGGAGGGGGGCUGGCGGGGGCGUCGCCGCCGCCGCCGCCGCCGCCGGCGACGGCGGCAGCGGUGCGGAGGAAGAAGAGGAGGAUGAGGGUGGUGAAGAACAGGGACGAGGUGGAGAGCCAGAGGAUGACCCACAUUGCGGUGGAGCGCAACCGCCGGAAGCAGAUGAACGAUUACCUCGCCGUGCUCCGCUCCAUGAUGCCUCCUUCCUACGUCCAAAGGGGGGACCAGGCAUCAAUAAUAGCAGGGGCAAUCAACUUCGUGAAGGAGCUUGAGCAGCACCUCCAAUCCCUCAAAUCCCAGAGGCAGCCUGAGCAAGUCAACGGCCCCCGGUCAGCCCCGGCCCCCGGCGAUCACUUCUCGUCCCUCUUCUCCGACUUCUUCACCUUCCCGCAGUACUCGACCCGGCCCGGCGGCUCGCACGGGCCUGAGGCCCGGCCGGCGGUCGCCGACGUGGAGGUGACCCUGGUCGACAGCCACGCCAACGUCAAGGUCCUGUCCCGGAACCGGCCGAAGCAGCUGCUCAAGAUGGUGGUCGGGCUUCACUCCCUCCGGCUCGGCGUUCUCCACCUCACCCUCACCAAGGUCCAACACAUGGUCUUGUACUCGUUUAGCGUCAAGGUUGAGGAUAGUUGCCAGCUGACCUCAGUGAACGAGAUUGCAACUGCUGUGUACGAGAUGGUGUGCAGGAUCCAAGAAGAAGCUGCCUUUAUGUGCUAGAAGUGACUGAGAGGGGGGGCUUCAUUGUUAUUUCAACUUAAUUUCUCCUCUUUUGCCCAUUUUAAAAAGUAUUUACCGAAUUCCAAAACAUUGCAUAAAUUAGGGUAUAGUUUUGGGUCUUGUUGAGAAAUUGUUUUCCUAGAGAUUUUGUGUGCUAGGGGAUGGGGUUAGCACAAAAGCAAAAGAUGAAAUUAUGUACGUGCAUAUUAUUUUCCA